GAUGGAUUCACCAGUUGUCAUCUUUGGACUGGUGUUACUGGGCCUAGCGUCAGCAGAGAUGAACCGUGUUUGCUACUACAGCAGCUGGGCCAAGUACCGUACAGGACCACCAUUCUCCCCAGAUUCCCUCAACGCCUCCCUCUGCACACACAUCGUAUAUGCCUAUGCUGGAUUAAGGGACAAUGACAUCUUUAUGUACGAGGAUGAUGACGGGACGUUACAAAAAUUGCGUGAGCUACGCAGCGAAAACCCGGAUCUCAAGCUCGUGUUGUCAGUUGGAGGCUACGCCAAUGGUACCGCGGAAUUCAUCAACACGGCGUCAGUAAAAGAAAACAUACUUGACUUUGCCUUUAAUGCCAUUCUUCACCUUAAUAAACACCAAUUUGAUGGACUAAACUUGGACUGGGAAUUUCCUGGAGAUCAAGGCAUAUCUCAUAAAGAUCACUUCACAGACCUCGUCAAGGGUGUAAUGGAAGUGUUUCAAAUAGAAUCUAGGGUGAUGAAGGUAGCGAGACUCCUUCUAAGUGCUACUGUGUCUGCUUAUCUGCCUGUAGUCGACCGUAGUUACGAUGUGGCAACUAUUUCACGGUAUCUUGAUAUGAUUCAUGUUAUGACGUAUGACAUGCAAGACCCCACCUCUGAUAAGACGAGUUUCCACAGUCCGCUGUACGGACGUCAGUCGGAUACCGGAAAUGACAUAUACCGUAAUCAGGAAUACGCUAUGAAGCACUGGAUAAAACAAGGUGCCAUACCUAGCAAGCUUGUAAUGGGUCUGGCUACCUAUGGACGGACUUUCACCCUGGUAGAUCCGAGUAAUUACGCAGUUGGGGCUUCUGCUUCUAGCCCAGGCAUGCCAGGGCAAUACACAGAGAAAAUAGGACUUCUCGGCUUUUACGAGAUCUGUGACAACCUUUUUAGAGGCUGGAGCCAUGCCACGGAUAGCAAUCAGAUUGCUGCAUUAUCAUGGUACGGCGACCAAUGGGUUGGCUAUGACGAUAUGGCCACUUUCACAAUAAAGGCGAACUAUAUCAUGGAUAAAGGACUUGCAGGUGCUAUGUUUUGGUUAGAUUACGAUGAUUUCCUUGACGAGUGUGGGUAUGGGAUCUACCCACUAAUUAACUCGGUGAAAAGUGUAUUUGAGACACAAACACCUGCUCCUCCUGUUUCAACAACUGCCAGACCGACAACUCGCCAACCAACCACAACCACGCCGAGACCAACAACUACCACACCGAGACCAGCUACCACGCAACGACCCACGACAACUACACAAGCACCCACGACAACCACAAAACCACCCACGACAACAACACCACCCACAACCACAACACAGUCGGGAAGUUCCGGCUGUUCAGCCCCAACAACCUGCAAUGGAAAUUUUAUUGCGGAUCCGUGUAACCCCCAUAAAUAUUAUCAGUGUGGUGCCGGUGGGAUGAAAUGGCACAAGACCUGUAACGCUGGUCUAUAUUGGAACCCAACGGGUAAAUACUGUGGUUGGACCCAGUAUCGACGGAGCUUUGUGGACAUUGAUCAUCAAGAGACACGCCUCGAGGAAAAGAAGGACCAGGUGGCACCCUAUCCGAUACAGGAAGAGAUGCAGUCCAAAGACAACAUCAGAAAAAACACGGUAUUGGCAGUGAAAGAGGACCGCAAUGAGGAAGAGGAAGAGGAAGACACGCUGAUGAACGAAUUGCGCUAUCUUCUAAAAAGGGUGAAAUCGGAGGCUGAGAAGACAGAAUCCUAAUGUUAAAUAUCGACAAUGACAACACAAUUUUUAUUGUUUUUGUCAUCUCAAACGGCAAUGAAACGAACGGAAAAUAACAAUGAAAACAUUAGCUUUUUAUGAGCUUUCUUAUUUUUAACAAUAUAACAGAACUGUUCAUAAUAAUCUAUUCCUAAUCUGUAUACACUAAUGCAAUAAAAUGCUUUUCAAAAAC